UAAAGACUCCACAUCACAGACCACAAAAACUUACUCAUUCAUAUUCUCAAACUUUUUUUUCAUCUUAUUUCUCUCAAUUCUCAUGGCUAUGCAAUCACUUUCCUCUUCCUCUUCAAUUUCCUCUGGGUUCAAAUACCAUGUGUUCCUCAGUUUUAGGGACAUUGACACUCUUUACGGUUUUACCGGCAAUCUCUACAAGGCUCUUAUUGACAAGGGAAUCAAAACCUUCAUUGAUGACAACGAUCUUGAAAGAGGAGAUGAAAGCACACCAUCACUUGUCAAGGCCAUUGAAGAGUCUAGGAUUUUGAUUCCCAUAUUUUCUGCAAACUAUGCAUCUUCUUCAUUUUGCUUGGACGAACUUGUCCACAUCAUUCACUGCUACAAGACAAGGGGUUGUUCGGUUUUGCCUGUUUUCUAUGGUGCGGAUCCUACUCACGUACGACAUCAGACUGGGAGUUAUGGUGAGCAUCUUACUAAGCAUGAAGAUAAGUUCCAAAAUAACAAGGAAAACAUGGAGAGGUUGAAGAAAUGGAAGAUGGCUCUUACCCAAGCUGCUAACUUCUCCGGCCACCAUUUUAGUCAAGGAUAUGAGUACGAGCUUAUUGAGAAUAUAGUCGAACACAUUUCCGAUAGGAUCAAUCGUGUUUUUCUACACGUUGCCAAAUACCCUGUUGGAUUACAGUCCCGAGUACAACAAGUAAAAUUGCUUCUUGAUGAGGAAUCUGAUGAAGGGGUCAACAUGGUAGGACUUUAUGGUACUAGAGGCUUGGGAAAAUCAACACUUGCAAAAGCAAUUUAUAAUUUCAUUGCUGAUCAAUUUGAAGGAGUAUGCUUUCUUCAUAAUGUUAGAGAGAAUUCAGCUCGUAAAAACUUGAAACAUCUCCAGAAGGAGCUCCUUUCAAAAACAGUUCAACUGAACAUUAAGUUAAGAGAUGUUUCUGAGGGAAUUCCAAUCAUUAAGGAAAGGCUAUGUAGGAAGAAGAUUCUUUUGAUUCUCGAUGAUGUUGACCAACUGGAUCAGCUAGAGGCUUUGGCUGGAGGACUUGAUUGGUUCGGUCCUGGAAGCAGAGUCAUCAUCACCACCCGAGAUAAACACUUACUAACCUGUCAUGGGAUAGAAAGAACAUAUGCAGUAAGAGGGCUAUAUGGGAAGGAAGCUCUUGAAUUGUUGAGGUGGACGGCUUUUAAGAAUAACAAAGUACCGCCAAGUUAUGAAGAUGUUUUAAACCGUGCAGUUUCAUAUGGUUCGGGCAUUCCCUUAGUUUUAGAAAUAGUGGGUUCUAACUUGUUUGGAAAGAACAUAGAAGUAUGGAAGAACACAUUAGAUGGGUAUGACAGGAUUCCCAAUAAAGAGAUACAAAAGAUACUUAGAGGAGCAAAAUGUAUUUCUUGACAUUGCUUGUUUUUUUGUAUUAAAUACCUCUUAGCUUGGAAGUUUUAUCAGUUUCUAUGUUUGACAAGUUCAAUGCAUCCAUAACGUUUUGACAAAAGCCCAAAAAAUUCCUACUGGUUUCACUUUAGAUUUCCUGUUGGGAAGUUCCAUGAGGAAUAAUAAUAUGAUGAAAUUUGUAUGGAACGAAUGCAGUCUUACUUUGUUUAAAUGUUUUUCGACGUAAUCACAUUUUGGAAGAAGCAGUUCUUAUUUGUGAAGAGCUUUAUUUAUGUUACUAAAAUAGUAAAAUGAAUUCUUCUAACCGUGUGGUUACACCAUGUCGAGCUUUGGCAAAGUCUCAAAAAGUGGCAUUUAGCUUGGGGAUUGGAUCUUCUCCUGUGACUGGAGAGUCCUGUGGAAUCCUAGCCAUUAAAUGAUAAAUACAUGUGAAGAAUUAAAUAGGAAUUAAAUGUCAAAAUGAAGAGAGAUAAUGUAUUUAAUGGUUUAGAUUUAAACAGUAGAAAACUGGAGAAAGUUUUCACAGGAGGGAAUCUGCUCCCUUUAGCUUGGACCUAUGUAAGUAUUGGUUCAUAAUGGACCAAUAUUUAUAACCAUUGGAUUAUAUGUAUGCACAAUAACAUAAUGCACUUUACAUGUCUGAUUA